AGAGGCGUCCACACCACCUGCGAGGGGCAGGACUAAGCGGUGGGGCCCCUUAGGGCGUGGUUUCGGGUUACCCAAUAUAAGGGUUCUCCGGACAUCCCCUGCGGGCCAUGGCGGUGCUGGUGUCGCUGGUUCUGCUGUCGCUGUCGCUGCUGGUGCCGCUGUGGGCGCUGCUGCGGCGGGGCCACGGGCGUGGCCCGCGCUGGGGGGCGCUGCACCUGCUGCACCCACAGGGGGCGCUGCACCUGAGCCGCCUGGCGCGGCGGCACGGGCCCGUGCUGCGCAUGCGCCUGGCGGGCCGCGAAGUGCUGGUGCCGAGCUCAGUGGGGACGAUCCGUGAGGCGCUCGUCCGGCACUGGGGGGACUGGCUGGGGCGCCCGAGCAGUUACCUGGGGUCGCUGGUGUCACAGGGGGGCCGGGACCUGGCACUGGGAGGCCCCUGCCCUGGCUGGCGGCGGCAGCGGGGAGCAGUGCGGGGGGCACUGGCACGGGCUGGGGGGCGUCUUGGGCCCCUUCUUUGGCUGCAGGGCCAGGAGUUGUGUGAGGAGCUGCGUUCCCAUGGGGAGGCCCCCCUGGACCCCUCUGAAGUUUUCACCUUCCAUACCUGCAGCACCAUCGCACGCCUCCUCUUUGGGGAUCUGGUGCCCCCUCCGGGGGAGCUCCGGGCCUUCUCCCGCUGCCUGGGGGAGCUGCUGCAGGUUUGGGGGCGCAGCAGUGUACAGGUGCUUGACCUGCUGCCCCUGCUGCGGGCCCUGCCCAACCCGGGAUUGCGGAAGCUGCUGCAGCUCGUCCAGCACCGUGAUGCCUUUGUGGAGGCUCAGAUCCAGCGGCACCAGGCAUGCCCCUCCCCUCCCGUGGACACAGUUUUGGGGGCGCUGCUGGGGCAUAAUUCUAGGGCACGGGGGGGCCCCCUGAGCCCCCCCCGGCUGCACAUGGCGCUGGUCGACUUGUUCAUUGGGGGCACUGAGACCACGGCGGCUGCUCUGGGCUGGGCUGUGGCCUUCCUGCUGCACCGCCCUGAGCUGCAGUCACAGCUGCGGGCGGAGCUGGAGGGGGCACAGGGACCCCCUGGGCCGGGGGACAUGGGGCGCCUGCCCCUUCUUCAGGCCACUGUCAGCGAGACCCUGCGGCUGCGGCCCCCUGCACCCCUGGCGCUGCCCCACUGCGCCCUGUGCCACACCAGUCUUGGGGGGCUCCCUGUGGUGGCUGGCACUGUCCUGGUCCCCAACCUGCUGGCAGCCCAACAGGACCCUGACAUCUGGCAGCACCCAGAGGUCUUCCUGCCUGAGCGGUUCCUGGCCCCGGGCGCCCCGUUGCGGUCGCUGCUGCCGUUCGGCUGCGGGGCGCGAUCGUGCCCGGGGGAGGGGCUGGCGCGGGCCGAGCUCUUCGUGUUCCUGGGGCUGAUCCUGCGGGAAUUUCGGCUGGAGCCGGGCCCGGAGGGGCUGCCGGGACUCAGGGGGUCGCCGGGCACGGUGCUGCGCUGCCCCCCCUUUCGCCUGCGCAUGGUGCCCUGCCAGCCCCCGGGCUCAGCCUGACCCUGGCCUCACUCCACCUGACCACUUCAUUACUUUUCCUGAACACUGUGACUCACCUGACUUUUUCUGACCCUUCCUGGGUUCACCUGACUUCACCUGAUUCUAUGUGACACUGCUUGAACCUGGCUGACUUUGACCCCCUGACUGACCCCUGCCAGCCCUAUGCCUCACCUUGACACUGGCUAUGACCCCAGCUGUGACCCUACCAAACCCCAUCUGACCCUGCUGACCCUUACUAACCACACCUGACUCCACCUGAUCCUAUCUUCUCCCUGCCUGACCCCUGGGUGCCCCCAUUCAACACCCCAGAUGCCUGGGUCUCCCCCCGAUGCCAGGGUCAAUGCAGAGUGGGAGGACCCCAUUUACCUUCUCCCAGUAAAAUUUAUACUUUUGACCCCAUCCUGCAAGUACCGGCUCUUCCUGGAACCAAAACUUCCAAAACUUCUGGAACCUCAGCCCGGUGUAUAUGGAUUGUAUUAGCACUUGCAUUUGUAUACAUUGUUUCCAUGUGUUUUGCUGAAGUGUAAAUAAAAAAAUUCAUUCAAUAAAGUUGAAUCAACCCUAAUAACGAUGCCCCCCUGUCCCCCCUCUCCCAGCUCCUGUCUGUCUUUGGUGUGGUUUAGUAAUUUUUUUCAC